AUGCCCAGUGUCACUGCUACAGGUGACUUUGGCCCAGCGCCGCCUGGCGUAGACCUGGUCCAAAACCAGACGGGCAACCUGUUGGGAUCAGUUAUUCCUGUAGCGGUGUUGGGGACCACUGCAGUCAUAUUGCGAUUAGUUGCACCAAUGAAGACCAAGGAGAACAGAAAAUUAGCCAUGGAUGACUACCUGAUCAUUGCAGCUCUUCUAUUCUCUUGGGGCACAGCAGUAUCCUGCUUUAUAAGUAUUCCGUAUGGCAACGGUUAUCAUUUGCAAUCCUUGACCGAGGCAGAGUUUAUUACUGUCUGGAAAAUACUUUUUGCCUAUGUCAUGAUUUACGCCACAGCUGUCACCUUCACCAAAUCCUCUAUCGUGUUUUUUUACGGCCGCAUAUUCAACUUCCGCUGGUCACUAUGCAUCUGCAUGUUUUUGGUUAUUGGAUAUUGGGUCACCAUCAUCGUCACGGUGGCAGUGGCCUGUCGACCACUGCCAUAUUUCUGGCUGCUCUAUACCGAUCCAACAGCCACUGGUGUAUGCAUUGAUGUGCCCAAAUUCUUUUUUGGCAAUGGCAUUGCUGCUAUGUUGAUUGAUGUGAUAAUACUGUGUAUGCCGAUGCCAACAAUUUACAAGUUGCAGAUGCGAUCGUCGCAGAAGGUAGCGGUCGUGGGAAUCCUGCUCUUAGGAAGUUUUGUCUGCGUGGCGAGUAUCUGCCGGAUCAUCGCGCUUCACAAAAACACCCACGGUACAGAUGCUACGUGGACUAUGGCACCUGUCUUUAUCUGGUCGUGCGUGGAACCUUUUGUUGGUAUCAUCUGCGCGUGCCUCCCUACGUUUGGGCCUUUCUUUCGUCGGUGGUGGUCUAAAGCUCGGACAGGGCGCUCAUCAAACAGUCGCAGCACUAAUCCCAGCGCUGAACAUCCACCUGCUACAACGACCUGGCUCCGGAAAUCCCGAGCAAAAAAGCCACUCAAGGACUCAUUAUUCAGCACCAAUGGAUUUAGCUGCGUAGAUGAAGUCGAAUUAAUGAACGAUAUAAAUGCCACUCGGUCGCUGAGGGACGAGGCUGUGAGUGACCAUCAUGAUGUAGAGCGAGGAGACUCUAGCUGUGCUAUUACAGUCCGACAAGAUGUGGACGUGACAUGGGACAAGUAUAAAACAGGCAAAAAAUGCUGA